CAAAUUCAUCCACCCUUGAGCCUCUUCUUCUACACUGUUAAUUUUUCAUUAAGAAUAUAUCUAAUGAAUUUCCAAAUUAGAUCUAGAAUUACUGUACCCACAACAGAACCCAAUCCCCACAACCCCCACUCACAUUAUAUAAUUAUACAGAAUAACUGACCCAAGAAAGACGGACAAAUAAAAUAUAUUCUUCCACCUUCCACUAUUUAAGUGCCAUAAUAUUGCUGGUUUAUCCUGCCGGCUCUCCUAACAACAACCAUAUCACUUCUAAAGUGGCUUAUCAGCUGACACCCCCGCAACCACCCACGCUACCCCCUACAGUCCUUCCCAUUAAUUCCAUUUUCAAUUUUAUAUAGCUUUCCAAAUUCCCAACAAACCCUCAAAUCAUUCUCCUAUUAUACUAUAUGCACUUUCAAAUUUUGAAAAUGGAAAAAGAUAUAAAGAGAGAAAAAAGAUAAAGUAGAGAUAUCUCAAUCUCAGUCAUUGUACAGAAGCCUAGUUAAUCGUGUCAUAGUCUUUUUUUUUUUUCUUCUAUAUUCCUCCGCAGUUUUUCUGUGAAGAAAAUCACCGAAAGGAAAAAAUAAAAAUGAAGGCUAAUAGUGCUAAGCUUAUUGUUUUUCAUCCAUCUCUGCACAAACAAGGAUCAGGAACAAUCACUGCUUCUCCACGCAUUUGGUUUCUUGUUUUCCUUUCCUUUUUCACUUUCGCUUUUGCGCUUACUUUCUUCACUGCUAAAGAUGCAGCACCUAUCACAAAAACCGGCGGAGAUACCGGCGCCGGUAGAUCCUCGUUGCCGGCGUCUGUAUUCGACGCGCUUCUUCACUAUGCUACUGUGAAUUCAUCUACUGUUUCUUCCCGCAUGUCGGCGGUGGAGCUGAACUCGAUCGUCACCGUCCUCCGUCGUUGUAAACCACCUUGUAAUUUCCUUGUUUUUGGUCUUACUCAUGAAACUCUUCUCUGGCAUUCACUCAACCACAACGGACGCACAGUUUUCGUCGACGAAAGUGCUUAUUUCGUCUCUAAAUUGGAAGAAAAACGCCCGGAUAUUGAAGCUUAUGAUGUGCAGUUUACUACGAAAGUGAGUGAAUUGCACGAUUUGUUGGCACAUACGAAAGAGCAGCGCAAAGGAGAAUGCAGGCCGGUGCAGAAUCUACUAUUUUCCGACUGCAAAUUAGGGAUAAACGACCUACCAAAUCACAUAUACGAUGUACCAUGGGACGUGAUUUUGAUAGACGGACCACGUGGGUUUUCCACUUCCGCUCCGGGACGUAUGACGGCGAUAUACACCGCCGGCGUUUUUGCCCGGAGCAAAAGAGGUGGUUCCAGCAAAACACACGUGUUUGUCCACGAAAUCGACAGAGGUGUAGAGAAAAUUUGCAGUGAAGAGUUCUUAUGCAGUGAAAAUUUGGUGGAAACUAAAGAACUGUUGGGCCAUUUUGUGGUGGAAAAAAUGGAAGCUAAUAGGUUUGAAUUUUGUUCAGUCUUUGAUCCUUCUUCUUCUCCUUCAACAACAUCGUCUUCAGCUGUUUAAGCCCCAAAAGAAAAAAGAAAAAACACGAAGCCAAUGUAGUGAAUUUUUUUUUCUAAUUUAUAAUUAUAUCCAGUUUAUAGAUAUGAGUAAUCUGUAAUAUUUCAUAGGUUUUUCAAGUGUGAAAAUAUAUUUAGAAGCUGAAGCAAUGGUGAAAUCAAGAAUUGCUUUUCCAAA